CUCUAGCAGCAGUGAUGACUUAAGCUUCAACUCUUUCAGUACUUGUUCAUUUGUUUGUAAGUCUUGAACAGGAUGCCUGUUGAGGAGUUACCGUGUUCAUAUUUUCUUUGUUUUCUGCACAAGUGUAAAGAUAUACCGCUAUAGGUUUGCUGUUUGCAACUGACACCACAACCCCAUUCAAGAGACCCAUGACAGAAACAGGACACUUGAGUGUUGAAAGUGUCAAACUUUCUCAUGGAGAGGAAACAUUAUGAUUCGAUCCUGGACCGAAGCAAGCGAAUUACCUGGCAAAACGACUGCUACAUUGACCUGCAGUCCACGAGCUCCUCUGCCUCUUUACAAACAAGAUCAGAGGAUCUGGGCUGGGUCCUAAAACACCAAAACCAGCUACGAAGCUUUCUUACCAAACCCUUUCUGGAGGAAAUCUUGACCCACCUGAAAAAGGUGGAUGUGCUCACUUUAGCCGAAGAGACCACCAUCAAGGAAGCAGGCCAGUUAAAGGACCAGGUUACUGUGCUCACUACUGUUAUUACAAGCAAGGAAAGCCAAGGAUCUGAUGCACUUCAAGGCUUUAUAAUGAGCUCCAAUGCUCCGGUUUCCCAGCUCAUCUUAAACUAUGAUUCAACGGUGAGGAGACACAAGGAUGUUUUGUUGCAACAGUACGAACAUUACAGAGAAAGAGAUUCAGUCAGCUGCUCCAAACUGAACAUAUGUUCAAGAACUCUGCUGCUGAUUGAUGGACUUUCUGACCUCCAACAAAAGGAACAUGACCUGAUGCAGGUGGGAGUGACUCGAGGAAGGAAAGUCAAUCAUCUCAGACAGUUAGGGUUGGGAAAACUGUUUGAGCCCCUGACAAGGGUCAGCUUGCCUCCCAGAGUCUCCCUCACAGUUGGGGUGAGCGGCAUUGGCAAGACAACAUGGGUACGACACUUCAUCAGACAGUGGAGCCAAGGUGCUGUUUGCUCCGAUUUCCACUUUGUCUUACCUUUUACAUUCAGUGAGCUGAACACACUGGAAAAGCUGUCUGCUGAGAAACUUGUCAAAAUGGCUUUUCCUUAUUUAGCAGAUCCAAGUUUGGUUCUCACAAGCCCCUGUCGGACUCUCCUCAUCUUUGAUGGUUUGGAUGAAUUCCGAUGCAGGUUAAAUUUCUCUGAUGCCAUUCCCUGCAAUGACCCAAAGAAAGAAGUGUCCAUUGAUGACUUGAUAACCAACAUCAUUCGAGGGAAUCUGCUCCCAGAUGUAGCAGUGUGGGUAACGUCCAGACCAGGAGUGGCUUCACUCAUCCCCGGAGGCCUGGUUGACAGAGUGUCUGAGAUUCCAGGAUUCAGUCCCGACGACAUCCAAACCUUCCUUAACCACCACUUCUCAGAAAGGGACUUUGCCAGCAAAAUAUGGGCCCACCUACAGGCUCACAGUAUCUUGAUGGUGAUGUGCUACAUACCAUGCAUUUGCUGGAUAACAGCUGAUACUUUGUUGUACAUCUUGCAGAGUGGAGCACAGGAGAGCCUUCCCAGGACUUGCACUGGCUUAUAUGCCCAUUUUUGCUACAUGAAAGCAGAAUUAGGAGAGCCAAGAGGCAGGGAACCCAUUAAAACAGAGCAAUUUCAUGGGAGUAACCGAAAACUACUGGGGAACCUUGGGCGGCUGGCAUUUUAUGGACUCUUAAAGCACAAAUACACCUUCAGCGAGCAAGACCUCAAGGCUUAUGGGAUAGAUUUACAGUUAACUCAAAGCAGUCUUGGUGCUGGAGUCCUCAUUCGAUUGGAGUCCACCAUCCACACAACAUAUCGAUUCACACAUUUGACUCUGCAGGAGUUUCUUGCAGCUACAUUCUACCACGUUUCCUCCAAGAGAGCCAUUUUCGAUCUGUUCUCAGAAAGCACCAUGUCCUGGCCAAAAAUUGGCUUUCAGACCCAUUUCCGAAGUGCCUUUCAGCACUCACAACAGGCUGAAGAUGGUCACUUGGAUGUUUUUGUGCGAUUCUUGACAGGCCUGCUCUGCCCAACAGCACUGAAGCCUGUCGCAGGGCUUUUAGCGGCAGGAAAAGAUGAUGGUAACCAGAAGGUGUGGGCAGCUGGGUUUUUGCAAGGCCUCCUGUCCAGCGGGGAAGCUGUGGUUUCACUGCGCAUUGUCAACUUGGCUUAUUGCUUACAUGAGCUACAACACACCGAGCUGCUGCGGAGUGUCGAGGACGAUUUACGGCAAGAAAGCUUGGCUGGAAAGUUAACUCGACCUCACUGUGUUGUCCUGGGCUUCCUGCUGCAUGUGUCUCCAGAGUGCAGCGACCAGACCAACCUAACUGGCUCUCUAAACUACUCAACAGUGAAAAGCUUGCUCCCACAACUGCUUUACUGCAGCCACCUCAGGUUAGAGAAUAAUAACUUCAAAGAUGAUGUCAUGGAACUGCUGGGAAGCCUCCUUAGUGCAAAGGAUUGUCAUAUCCAAAAAUUAAGUUUGGCAGACAAUGCUAUCAGCAACAAGGGAGCCAAAGCCCUGAGUCGAGCUCUUCUGGUGAAUCGUACAUUAACAUAUCUCAAUCUCCGGAACAACAACAUUGGGUCUAAAGGUGCAAAGUUCUUGGCAGAGGCUCUGAAAAUGAAUCAAGUCCUGACAUCAAUUAACUUCCAGAACAACAGUAUCGAGGAGGAGGGCGCUCAGGCCCUGGCAGAGGUUCUGCAGUGCAAUCGCAAGCUGGUGUCUCUGAAUGUGCGGAAAAAUAAAAUUGGGGCAGAUGGAGCCAAAAGGAUUGCAGACGCACUGAAGAUGAACCAAACUCUAACAAAGCUAAUACUUUGCAGUAACCAGCUGGGGGACAAAGGAACCGUCGCUCUGGCCGAAGCGUUAAAACUCAACCAAACUCUUCUCUCACUCCAACUUCAAAGCAACUCAAUCAGCAACAGAGGAAUGACUGCACUGACCAAAGCCCUCAGGUUCAACCACGGUCUAGUAACCUUGAAUCUCAGAGAGAACUCAAUUGGGAUUGAAGGAGCAAAGAACAUGGCCCAGGCGCUCAAGGAGAACAACUCUCUGCAAAAUCUGGAUCUCACGGCCAAUUUAUUACAUGAUGAAGGUGUUCAGGCGAUAUCUGCAGCAAUCAAAUUUAAUCAAGGACUCACCUCUCUGCAUCUCCAGUGGAAUUUCAUCAAGUCCACAGCCACUAAAGUUUUGGCCAACGCACUUAUGUCCAAUGCCACAAUAAAGCUGUUAGAUCUGCAGGAAAAUGCAAUCGGAAAUGAGGGUGUCAUUUUUCUUGCAGAAGCUCUGAAAGUCAACACUUCACUGCAGACGUUAUGUCUUCAGGGAGUAUCGGCUGGGACCAGUGGAGCCGUGGCACUGGCAGAAGCUCUGAUGGAGAAUCAAUCUCUGCAGACAUUAGAUCUCCGUGGAAACAGUAUAGGGAUGGAGGGAGCUAAGGCCCUGGCCAAUGCUCUGAAAUGUAACAGAAGUCUGAAGUCCUUGAAUCUGCAGGAGAACUCUUUAGGCAUGGACGGAGCCAUAUUCAUUGCAACAGCUUUGAAGGGAAACCACCAAUUGGCGUAUAUCAACUUGCAGGGUAACGGCAUUGGAGAAUCGGGAGCAAAAGUCAUCUCUGAUGCAAUAAGAGCAACUGCACUGAGCUGUGUGGUGGAUAUCUAACUGAGAAAGAUCUUUGAUUAAGAGAAGAUGAGCAUGCUGUGCAGACAUUACAGUGUUAUUACUUUGAUACUUGAUGCAGAAGCUAAAUAAUAUUUAAACAAACUUUAACAUAUUCCUUUAUGAAUGUUAUUCUAAUAUAUUUUUCUAACUAUAAGUAAAUUUAUAUUUUCACAGAUAUAAAAAAAACAACAAAUAAAGAGAUUCUAUUGAAACGUUGUCAUUCUAAAUUAGACUUAAUUCAUGCACAAUGUUAGAAUGUCCUAGUAAAGAUGUCAUUCCUUGUAUUUGCCAUUUUUGCACACUUUAUUUGUUUUUACAUUAAAAUAAAAUGAAACGAUAUACUUAAAGUUGUUAUAUUUUUUAAACAGGGCCUCAACUUGAAAGUUAUGAAGUUGUCGCCUGUUUUAUGAUCCUAAAGAUCCAAUUUUAUUUUAAAAAUUAAAUAUUUUAACUAAA